AUGGUCAAAUUCACUUCCGUCCUCAGCGUCGCUGCUCUCUAUGCGGGUGUCGUUUCUGCCGCUCCGAUGAUGGAUGACAGCAAACUUAUGGCGAGAACCGACUACUCCUCGAGUUCGAGCAGUGGAUGUUCCAGCGGCGAUUGCGGCUCCUCAGGCUCUUCGGGCUACUCAGGCUCUUCGAGCUCCUCAGGCUCUUCAGGCUGCGGCUCGUCGGGCUGCGAUGCUGCCGCCGCAUCUUCUAGCAUGAUGAUGUCCGCGAGCUCGAUGAUGGCUUCCGCCUCCUCGAUGAUGGACUCUGCCACCGCGAUGAUGACCUCCUCCGUGAUGAUGGACACCACUUCGGCGGCAAUGAUGUCGGAGGCUACAUCGACCGCUAUGGCCUACGCCACCUCUUCUGCUGCCAUGGGCUACGCCACGUCCUCUGCUGCAGCGGCUUACACCACGUCAAGUGCCAUGGCCUACGAUACCUCUAUGGCGUACAUGACCACCUCUACUGCCGCCGCUAUGACUACCUCCGUUAGUUACGGUUCAGGUAGCUCGAACUGGGGUGGCUCUUCUUACUCGUCUUGUGUCCAACAAUGCAUGGCUUCUUUCGGCGGCGCUUCUAGCAUGACUCUCGCUUCGUCGACUGCCACCGCUACCUCUGGCAGCUCCGGAACUGGCUCUACGAUCACCGUUAUUGUCGCCCCUACUCAGGGUGUUCUCCGUUACGUGCCUUUCGCCGUCAACGCGAGCGUCGGUGACACCGUCCAGUUCGUCUGGGGCGCCAACAACCACACCGUGACCAAGAGCUCUCAGCUCGAGGUUUGCAACAAGACGAGCAACGCACCCUUCGCUUCCGGCACUCAGAACCAGUCCUUCGUCUUCUCCCAGGUUGUCAACGACACCAACGCCACCUUCUUCUACUGUGGCACUCCUGGCCAUUGCCAGAAGGGUAUGUUCGGUAUCAUCAACCCUCCCAACGCUGCCGGUGCCGCCUCUUCCGUCGCCAGCAUGAUGCCCGCCAUGGCCGCGAACGACAGCGCCAUCUCUGCAUCCAUGACCUACACCAACUCGAUGACCGCCGGAUCCGUUGCCGCCGCUAACUGGGGAGCCAACAUGGACAUGUCCAACAUGCCCGCCUGGGCACAGUCUGCGUUCGCUGAGAACGUCCUGUACACCCGUGCUUUCCUCGGCGCCAACCCAGACGUGCUCCAGUCUGACGGCUCCGUCGACCUUUCGGCCGCUUCGACGAACGCGAUGAUGCUCCCUCAGGAUGUUGCUGCUGCCGCCGCUUCAGGAACUAGCAGCAGCUCUGCUGCCCAGUCGGCGACAUCUGCGACCAGCUCAGCCGCAGCCGCAGCCUCGUCUUCGAGUUCCGCAGGUACUUUGGGCGCGUCAACGAACGGUGCAGGUGUGAUGAGCGCUUCGCCGGCUAUGGUUGGUAUUGCUGCCGUCAUCGUGGCUGCUCUUGCGUUGUAAACGCCUUCAUCACGGACUCCAUGUCUUUUCCUCACUUUUUCGGUCUGUUGA